AUGUACAGCGACACAGAGACAGCGGACCUAUCUGAGACCCCCUUCUUUCGCUCCGCCUCCAGCGCAGUUCCUCAGCAGGCUGUCUGCACUGAAGACACUGCUGCUGCUGCUGCUGCUCCUGCUGCUGCUGCUGCUGCUGCUCCGUCUUCGGGAGACAACAAAGUUGCUGUCCCUGCAGCAGCAGCACCAGCAAGAGCACGAGUAGCAGCAGCAGCACCAGCAAGAGCACGACCAGCAGCAGCAGCAGCAGCAAGAGCCCCUGAGCGCCCCACCUUCACUGGCAGUCUCCGCCAGCAGCAACGAAUGCAGCUGCCUCCCUCUCAGACAAGCCUGGCAGCAGCAGCAGCAGCUGCUGCUGCUGCUGCUGCUGCUGCCCCACCAACUGCUGCAGCAGCAGCAGCUGCUGCUGCUGCUGCUGCUACUGCUGCUGAACCCGAGCUGCAACACAGCCUCACCCAGCUCUCAGAAGGAGAAGUCGAUCCCCUUUCGUUUGCUGCUGCAGCGCAGCAGCAAAGUGAGAAGGUUAUGUGGACUGUCGUUACACCCGAGACGCAGCAGCUGCUGUACCAGCAGCAGCAGCAGCAGCAGCAGCAACAGAAGCAGCAGCAGCAGAUAGAACAACAAAUGGAGUGGAGACACAAAAUAGAAGAACAGCAGCAGCAGCAACAGGAGCAGCAACGCUUGAUAGAGCAACAGCUGCAGAAGCAGCAAGAGAUAGAGCAGCAGCAACUGCAGCAACUGCAGCAGCUGCAGCAGCAGCUGCUGCAGGAAAAGGAGAAGUGGCAGGGGCAGCAGCAGCAGCAGCAGGAAUGGCAACAAACAUACGCAGAGAAGCUGCAGCAGCAGCAGCAGAUGGUGAUGGAUUCUCAGCAGCAGCAAAAAGCAUGGCAGCAGCAGCAGCAAGAACAGCUGGAGUUGCUGAGGCAGCAGCAAGAGGAGUAUCUGCGGCAGCAGCAGCAGCAGCACGAUGAGGAGCUGCAGCAGCAACUACAGCAGCAGAUGCAGCAGCAGCAUGGGCUGCACGAGCAGCAGCUGCAGCAGCAGCAAGAGCAGCUCCUGAAGCAGCAGCUGCUGCUGGAACAGUUGCUGCAGGAUGGUGAUCGCAUGCAUGCGAAGCAGCAACAGUCGGAGCAGCAGCAGCAGCAGCAAACAGAACAGCAACAAGAGCAGCAGCAGCAACAGCAGCAGCAGCAGCAGCAGCAGCAGCAGCAGCAGGAGUUUGCUGCUGCCGGCCCGCGUCGCUCUCUUACUUUCCCCCCCAGCAGCAGCAGCUGGCAGCAGCAAGCCACCAGGAGAGAAGCCUCAUUCCCUCUCUCAGGACCUGCAGCAGCAGCAGCAGCAGCAGCAGCAGCAGGUGCUGCUGCUGCUGAGACUCGCACGCCAGAGCUGAAGCAGCAAAUUUGCUUCUGCGCGUCCCCUGAUGCUGCUGCAUCACAUGAGAAGGCAGCAGCAGCAGCAACAGGAGAUGCAGCAGCAGCAGACGCUACUGCUGCGCAGCAGCAGCAGCAGCAGCAUGGAUCACAGCAGCUGCUGCAGAGCAGGAGCAAGUGUCUUGAAGGGCCGUCAUCUGCUGCAGUGCAGCAGCAGCAAGACGUGCUGCUGUCAUCCAGUGAAAGUGCUGCUGCUGCUGCUGCUGCUGCACAGCAGCAGCAGCAGCAUGGCGACUCGUUUGAGUCUGGUGUCUUUGCAGCAAAGCGGCGGUUGCUGCUGCAGCAGCAGCAAGCGGGUCUGUUGCAGCAGCUGCAGCAGCAAUGGGCGCAGGAAGCAAUCGCGCAGCACGGGGAGGAGCUGCUGCAGCACGAAGUCUUUGAGCAGCAACUGCUGCUGCAGCAAGUAACGCGGGAGCAGCAGCUGCUGCUGCAGCAGGAACAAGUUGAACAAGAGCUUCUGCUGCAGCAGGAAGAAGCAGAGAAGGAGCAGCUGCAGCUGAUGCAGCGCUACGAGUCUCUGCAGCAGCAGGAGCUUCGCCUGCAGCAGCAUCACCAGCAGCAGCAGCAGCAGCAGCAGCAGCAGCACGCGGCUUCUCUGCUGCGCCAGAAGCAGCUGCAGGAGAGUUGCUGCAGCCACAACGAUGUGCUGCUGCAGCAGCAGCGGGAAGCGGCCCUUCAGAAGCAACAGACAGAGAGGGAGAUGCUGCAGCAGCAGCAGCAGGAAGAGUUGCUGCUGCAGCAGCAGCAGGAAGAGUUGCUGCUGCAGAGAGGGGGCGAUCAGCUGCUGCAGGUCCCCUUAUGUGAUGAACACGGGCAGAUUGCUGCUUCGCUGCAGCAGCAGCAAGCGCUGCAGCACCAGCAGCUGCUGCAGCAGCACCAAAUGCAGGCUCUGCAGCAGCAGCAAGAGUGGCAGCAGCAGCAGAUGCGGCAGCUGCAGCAGCAGCACAUGCUGCAGCAGCAGCAGCAGCAAGAACGCAGACAACCCUCGCCUAGGAGGUUUCUAUUAAACAAGCAGCAGCGGCGGCAGCUGAGGCAGGAGAGGCAGCAGCAAUCGCUGCUGCAGCAGCAGUGGAUACUGCUGCAGCAGCAUCAGCAGCAACUGCAUCUGCAAGGACAACUGCAGCAGCAACUGCUGCAGCAGCACAUGCAGCUACACAAACGCGACCAGCUUCAACUGCAGCAGCAACUGCUGCAGCAGCAGCUGCAGCUCCUCAGCAUCCAAGAGCAGCAGCAAACGCACCUCACCCCAAGGGCAACUCUUCUGUCUCAGCAGCAGCAGCAGCAGCAGCAGCAGCAGCAGCAGCAGCAAUUACACAAUCAACAACAACAGAAAUCUCCGCUCGAGCAGCAGCAGCAGCAGCAGCAGCAGAAGUUGCAGCAGCAGCUGCACACCAGCGCAACCUACCGGGUCUGCGAAAGGAAGCUGCAACUGCAGCUGCACCUGCAGCAGCAGCAGCAGCAGCAGCAGCAGCAGCAAGAGCAGAUAUCUGCAGCAGAUGCGAGACUGCAGCAGCAGCCAGGGAGACGUGCGCAGCAGCAGUUUAACAUCCAGCAGCAGCAGCAGCAGCAGCAGCAGCAGUGGAAUGGCCGGCAGCAGCAGCAGCAGCAUAAACAUACAGCAAAGGAAAUGCGGGGGGACUGCCACAGUCGCAGCAGCAGCAGCAGAUGCAUUUGCGGCGGUCUGCAGAUGCAGCAGCAGUUGCAGCAGCAGCAGCAGCAGCAGCAGCAGUUGCAGCAGCAGCAACAGCAGCAACGGCUGCACCAUACCCCAAGCGUCUCCUCCUUGGCGUCGCUGCAGGAAGGGGACCCCCGCUGCAGCCAACCAGAUGCAGCAGCUCAGCAGCAGCAGCAGCAGCAGCAGCAGCUGCAGCAGCAGCAGCAGCAAGGUAAUUGGGGGUGCUGUUGCGGCUUUUGUGCAGGAGGCAAAAUAAAGAGCAUGCAGCGAGAAGCAGCAGCAGCAUUUGCAGCAGCAGCAGCAACUGGAGCAGCAGCAGCAACGGGAGCAGCAGCAGCAGCACUGCAGCAAACGGAGAACCUGCAGAGACACCCCACCUGCUGCCUCCUGACGGAGCAGCAUCAGCUGCUGCAGCUGCACAGCCUGGGGUGUACAGCGCAGCAGCAGAACCUGCUGCAGCGCAACCAGCAGCAACUGCAGCAGCUGCUGCAACAGCAGCAGCAGCAGCAGCAGCAGCAAGGUGCUGCACCUUCCGAUGCUGUCUUUGGGUCUAUCCCUUGCUGCUGCAGCAGCCCACGUGCGUUGCUGCCUCAGCAGCAACCCCUGUAUAACGCAGCAGCUGAAGCAGCAGCAGCAGCAGCAGCAGCAGCAGGAGCAGCAGAAGCAACACGAACUGCAGCACCAGCUUGCACUACUGCUGCCAGCACUCCGAGAUACAACAGACCCCAACCUCUUGCUGCUGCAGCAACGCCGCAUGCAGCAGCAGCAGCAGCAGCAGCCUCUAACCGCCCUUGGAGCUGUUGGGGGGGCAGCUGCUGCAGCAGCACCCGCUGCAGGCCAGGCAAUGAACAGCAGCAGCAGCAGCAGCAGCAGCAGCAGCAAGCAGCAGGCUGCUGCUCUCAAACAGAUAUAUUCAGCACUAGCGUCUCCUGCACCUGCUGCGUUGCCUGCAGCAGACAAACCCCAGAUGAGCCUGAGCAGCAGCAGCAGCAGCAGCCGCAGCAGCAGCAACAGUCGCUGCAGCAGCAGCAGCUGCUGCAGCAUCACCUGUGCACUGAGACGCCAGAGGUUCCUUCGUUACCUCUGCAGCAGCAGCAGUGCUGCUUGCUGCAGCAGCAGCUGCAGCAACAGCAGCAACUGCUGCUGCUUCAGCAGGACAGCAAACGCAAGAAUCUGCUGCUGCUGCUUGGAGGGGGCGGAAGCAACAGCAACACAAACCCAGCAGCACAGCAGCAGCAGCAACUGACACCGCGUAGCCCCUGCGCUGUGCCCGCUCCGGGGUGUCAGCAGGCCAUGCAGCAGCAGCAGCCGCAGCUACUACAGCAACAGCAGCUGCUGCAGCAGCAGCAGUUGCUUCAACAGCAGCAGCUGCUGCAGCAGCAACAGCUACUGCAGGCACAGCAACCCGAGCAGCAGCUCCUAUGGCAGAGCAGCAGCAGCAGCUGCUGCUGCCGUGUCAGCGGUGUUUGCAGCAGCAGCUGCUGCUGCAAAUGA